CCGGUUUCUUUUUCCUGUUUACAAUUUAUUUACAGACAUUCAGAAUGAAUAUGCCAUUUCUUUAUGAAGAUGGACAAGGACAUGUUGUUGAUGAGAACGGCGUUGAGCCUAUGGGCCUUGUUGUUGACGAAGAGUUAUUCGUUAUCGAAACAGUAAAUUGUCAGUCAUGCAAUAAGCGACGUUAUACACUUUACUCUGAUGAAAACAAGACCAGAGUUUUUCAUUUAUUUUUCGGCAAAUGUUUGAAUGCUUCGACUGCUGCGAGACAAUUACGUAUUCAUAUCCGACCAGCACAGAGAUGGGCUAAACGUUGUUACGAGGACCCUGAAAGCAUCUUUGAGAAGAAGAAAAAGCCAGGUAGACGUCGUAUUCUUUGGGAGGAGCAUAAGCAGUUUCUUUUAAAUUAUAUUGUCGAGAAUCCUCCUGUUGUUGUAGCUGAAAUGGCAGAAAUUUUAACGCAAAACUUUGUGUGGAUCUUAAAUGUUUCUUGUAGCACAAUUUAUAACUUCAUGACAACUGAGUGUGAUUUAUCUAUUAAGCAGGCACAAUUCCAGCCUAUAGAAAGAAAUAGCGAAGAAAAGAUUCAACAAAGGUACGAUUGGGUACCAAAGUGGCAGCAAACUGACAUGGACUUUACAACAAAUUAUGUCUUUCUGGAUGAAUCAGCUUUUCACGUUAAUUUGAAACAAGGUAUGGCCUGGUCAAAGAAGGGAACUCCCGCAAUAGUUACAGUACCUACAACUAAAGCGAAUGCAACAUCGGUUUUAGUAAAAGAAAAAUGGGUUGGUCUUUAUGCUGGUCAUGUAGCCCAUCUGGGUAACAGAACAACAAAUCGGGUCGAAGGUGCACAUGCAAAAUUGAAGCAACUUGUUACGUACACGAAUGCCAGCAUGGAAACCGUCUUUGAAAGUAUUGACAGAUGGUACUCGGGAAUGUGGGAAAAGAUCGAACAACGCACCGAGAUUGAAUCCUUUAGAUACGACCAUUCAUUCAUGCUUGAUAAAGAUGUCCACAGGAUGGAAUGUCUAAGACUCAAGACCAGCAAGUUUGCAUUUAACCGAUUGAAAAACGGCGUCGUACCAGCAUCGUAUAGAGUGGACAGAAAGGACGAUUGUGAAUGUGAAAUCAAGAUUCAGUACAAGUUACCAUGUGCCCAUAUGAUUUCUGGUGAUUCCUCUCCUAUCCCAUUAAGUAUGAACAAUGAUGGCAAGAAUGAUUGUGAUAAUGAUCAGGUAGAAAUGAACAAAGUGAUUUACGGCAGCGAUGAUUAUUCUCGUUACGACAUCCUUAAAAAUAUCAAGGUCAUCAAGAAAUUUAGUUGUCGUAGCCCUUGUAUAAAACGAUCAAAAUAG